GGAAAGAACAAAGAAGAAGUUAACAGCUUCCUGGUCUAAAAUUCACACCUUUGUCUCGUCUGCGGAAGAAACACGCUUGAGAGACAUUUCCCAGAUUCGAAGGAGCCCUAAUUUCCCGAUCUGCAUAUUUCUGACUGAUUUUGAUCUACAGGCGAAUUCCUAAUAGCUGAUCGACAUGGGUAAUACCGACAAGCUUAUGAACCAAAUCUUCGAUCUGAAAUUUACGUCCAAGUCUCUGCAGAGACAAGCGAGGAAGUGCGAGAAAGAGGAGAAGUCGGAGAAGCUCAAGGUGAAGAAAGCCAUUGAGAAAGGGAACAUGGAUGGUGCUCGCAUCUAUGCUGAGAACGCAAUCCGCAAGCGCAGCGAGCAGAUGAAUUACCUCCGUCUCUCAUCUCGCUUGGACGCUGUUGUCGCUCGGCUCGAUACCCAGGCCAAGAUGGCCACCAUCACCAAAUCCAUGACUAACAUCGUCAAAUCUCUCGAAUCUUCCCUCGCCACCGGCAACUUACAGAAGAUGUCAGAGACGAUGGAUUCUUUUGAGAAGCAGUUUGUGAACAUGGAAGUCCAAGCUGAGUUCAUGGAGAACGCAAUGGCUGGUUCGACGUCAUUAUCCACCCCAGAAGGAGAAGUUAACAGCUUGAUGCAGCAAGUAGCAGAUGAUUACGGUCUUGAAGUCUCUGUUGGACUGCCUCAGCCUGCUGGUCAUGCCAUCCCUACCAAGACUGAGGAGAAAGUUGAAGAGGACGAUUUGUCAAGGAGACUCGCUGAGCUUAAAGCCAGAGGAUAAUAUGUGUUACGGAUUUCACCUCUAUGGAGAUGUUGAAGCUAUUAAUCUAACAAAAAUAUUUGUUACGGAUUUCACCUUUAUGGAGAUGUUGAAGCUAUUAAUCCCUGAACAUGUGAUGGGCAUGUUUGUGUAAAUUGCUCACUCUGGAAUAUGAUUUUGUUUAUAUGAAAC